AAAAGUUAUUGCUGAAAUUGGCUUAUUGUGUUGAAAAGACAUUUCAAAAUUGCUAAAAAAUUAUUAUUUGGCCAACUUUGCAAUAUCUGCAGUGCAAAGUCGGUGACGUUGUGUUCAUAGAUCGAAGGUGGAAUAUUGGAAAGACUAAAAUUUUUGAGCAGCUAACUACCGAUUGACUGAGCAGAAAAAGUUCCUCUUGCAAGUGUAAAAACAAAACAGGCCACCUUAGCUAAACCUGGAACGACCUAGACAAAAUAUGGCCAUGGUGAAUUUGAACGGAGUGCAGUACUGCGACGGUGGUGGUGGCGGAGGCGGCGGUGGCGGUGGCAGUGUUGGUAUGGUUGGUAAUGGCGUAACGGCCCCGGUGGCUUCCUCCUCGGGGUACGGUACGGUACGGGCAAGCUCCUCCUCCAUAUCACAGUACCCGAUCCAGGGCAACAAGGACCAGUGGAUCAAGCUGAACGUCGGUGGUACUUGCUUUCUGACGACGAAGACAACGCUCUCGCGAGAUCCGAACUCCUUUCUGUCGAGAUUGAUUCAGGAGGAUAGUGAUCUGAUUUCCGAUCGGGAUGAAACUGGUGCCUACUUAAUCGAUCGUGACCCGCGUUACUUUGCGCCAGUGUUAAACUACCUGCGUCAUGGAAAGCUCGUACUGGACGAAGGACUCUCAGAGGAGGGUGUGUUGGAAGAAGCCGAGUUCUAUAAUGUAACGCAUUUGAUUGGCUUGCUGAAGGACAGUAUCGCUCGGAGGGAACAGAGACCUGCUGCCGACAAAAAACGUGUGUAUCGUGUGCUACAAUGUCAGGAAAAUGAGCUUACGCAGAUGGUAUCAACCAUGUCCGACGGUUGGCGCUUCGAGCAGCUCAUCAACAUUGGCACUUCCUAUAACUACGGUGCCGAAGAGAAUGCGGAGUUUCUCUGCGUGGUGUCCAAGGAAUGCGCUAACACACUGCUCGGUCGUGAGAACGAAUCCAACGAUCGCGCCAAGGUGCUACAGCAGAAAGGAUCACGUAUGUAAGGCUACGAGAAGAGUUAUGGAAAAGAAACAGGAUAAGGAAGGUUUUUGGUGGCUAAGUAGCUGCAUUGAUCGUGUUCAGUAUGCAGCUGCGAAUAGGGAAAAUAACAAAAACUUAUAGAAUAACUACUACUUACUAGUUUUACAUUAGCGUUGGCUAGCAAGGACAGAAGCGUUGUGUUCUUAAAAAGCAACUCGCAGAAAGUGUUUACCCGAUUGAAAACCCAUUUUAUUUAGCUUUCGUUCUUACGCUGCAAAGCACUUCGAUUAUUUAUCGUAAAAAUAUACAACACGGCAACCGCUGAAUGGGUUCUUUUAGCACGAGUUGUGUUUCGUUCCCGAUUCAUGCUGCCUUUUAUUUUAGGCAUCACUCUAGGUCUAACGGACAGUGUUUUAGAUGUUUAGCGACAGUUUUGAUAUCUUACCGUAGAACGAAUAGUUUUUGCUCUUUGCACUAUCGAUUUUCUAUAGAAAGUGGAUUGGUUUCGGAACGUAGUGUGACGGUAUCAAGUAAAGUUUACCCACCGAGCAAACAUGAAUUAACAAAAACCAAAACAUCCUGCUCCUCGUAUCAGAAAAACAACAAGAUCUGAGUUUCGAUGCUUUACUUGUGUUAUUACUCUCGUCAUUAAUUGCGUAUAAGUAAACGUGGUAUAACAAAGUGAAUCCAUCUCACCUCUCUACUUAAAGAAAAAUCAAUUCGAAUUGUCAACUGCGAUGAUGUAUUUGCCCCAAACGAUGUAUGUUAAAGCCGUUGAUUAUUAAUCAUUCAUGAAACGCGAAAAGACCAGAUACCAGUCUGAUAACUGUUAGUUGUUUAAUGUGUCAGCUCCUCAUUUAUCUGCGCGGAAUAUUUUCCGUUUAUCAAAUUCAGCGUCGAACAAAUACACGACACGAGCCGAUUACUAAACUCAGAUACGCGCUGCUUUCGAAACUUGAGUUCUUACGGGUUAUUUCAAUGGCAUUGCUAAAUGCUCGUCGUUUUUGUUUCCACUAUUCACGAUAGAUAUUUCAUAGAACUUCGAUACGGUUCCUUACGUACGAUAGGGUGCACGUAACAUAGCCGAUUAUAGUUAAGAAGAAAAAAAAUACAUAAAACCGAAUCACCGAGCAGAGCUUUUCUGAAGAGAGAAAGAACAAAAUAAAAAAUGAACAACAUCAUCGUGAUGAACGUGUUAGUAACGGUAUUCAAUGUUGUAAUCCAAGGCGAAUCGAUUUGUAAAAGAAAUAUAGUUUAAAU